GUCAGCUUCUCUUUCGUCUGGUCGACCUUCAAAGCCGGGUAGUUUCCAUUAUGAAAGUGGAAAGCAUCAAUCAACUGGCAGAUAUAGCUACAAAGCCACAGCCACCCCCUUUGUUUGAGGCACAACGCGAGGGGCUCCUACAGUGGCAAUCAGAGUUCCUCACGGCAGCAGCCUCCCAUCCCCCCAAAAGCAACACCUCGAGUUAAAUUUGACCAAAGCCAAAAGCAACAUCGACCAAAAGAAACAGAAGAAGCAAAGCAGAUUGAAGAUGGAUGAAUCAAUGUCGGGUUGUGCUGCCGAGAAGGAUAUUGACAUGCCAGAGCAGGACCUAGAGAUGACAGAAUCAAAGACAAGUUCUGAUAUCCCCUCUUCAGAUCAAGAUGAAAUUGUGCUCAAGAUUGUAUCGGCGACCUAUGGUCCCUGUGAAGGCAAAAGACUGAGCAAUGAACCUACCGCGAAAAUUCCGUAUACACGAGAUGUCACUCCCAUUUUGAGAGCCCUGCUGCAGCUGCAAGAACAUCAGUCAACCUCCACCAUACCGGUAGCUGAUAGCGAAGAAGAGGAUCCUCAUUUGGUGCGACUGCAGACCAUUGCCGGUGGAAUAGUAGGAGGCAUGAAACGAACAUCCGUGACCAUCCAAGCACUGCACGAUGGCUGGAAUUCAAUGAACGUCGUGUUUGGAGAUGCCUGUCCUGGAACUUCCAAAAGGCUGUACAUUCACUACCUCCUUCUCUCUGCACACAAUACAUCUAGCAAGACCACUGAAGUCCAUCACGUGAGCUUUGCCGAACACGAGCCGGUCAUUCUACGAAGUCGCAUCACAUUCUAUCAAGAAGAUUCCAAAAUACAACAAGCCACCGAAAGACUACUCAAGAAGAAUCCAAAAGCCCUUCAACAGAAUCAUCAUUCCGAAAACAUCAACAAUCUGCAACAACACACUUCUACAUCAUCUAGCAUCCAACAACCAGAAGAGGAUGAGGACGAACUCACCCUGUGGGUAGCACGAAGGAUGGGACGAUCACAAUCAAUUGACGACUUUGCACAACUUUCACAAUCGUCUUCACAAGAUCAAUCAUCUCGUCCUCGAUUACGCUCUGCAACCUUUGAAACUGUGCUGCCCAUGGUAUUGGAGUUCUUGCAGCUCACUGAAAGAGUGCAGUGUCGAUUGGUCUGUCGACUGUGGAGGAAUAUUGUAAGGGAUUGGGGAGUUGCUGCUGUCAUUGACUUUCAUCAGGACAUGACAAGAGCCUUUCUUCGAGGUAUCGUCACACAUUCCUACUUCAGCUUGCACAGUCUCCGAUUGUCCGACUUUGAUGAAUUGCAACCCUCCGAUUUGCAUCCCUCUCUUCCCCAUUUGCGCAAAUUGCGGGUCUUGGACAUUAGCCGCUGUACCAAUUUACAAGAUGAGACACUGCAGCUUGUGGCACAACAUUUGAACGACACGUUGGAGGUGCUGUAUAUGAAGGGACUUAUAAAUGUGACGGAUGUUGGCAUGAUGGCCAUUUGCCAGGCCUGCACCAAACUGCGAGUACUCGAAAUUUCUCAUAUUCAGAGCAUGACCGAUGCCAGUGGUGUCGCCAUUGGACAGUAUUUGCACAAUCUACGGGCCCUUUAUAUGAGAGACAAUUUUCGAUUGACAAAUCAAAGCAUCGAUGCCAUCACAGCCAAUUGUACCAAAUUGAACCAAUUGACCUUGUGGGGCUGUUCGAAACUCACCCGGUUGGGAAGCUCUGCCAUUCGAACCACUAAUGCCGUGGACGUUGAUAGCCCUGUUGUAGCAAGUACAGGCAACCAAGACAAUGAGAUUCCACUGAACGUCUACAACCAACAUGCUCCUCUGAUGGCGUGUGCGGAGAGACUGGUAUCACUCAAUCUUUGGGGAUGUCUCAAGUUGGGAGACUCGUUUGUGACAGCUUUGGAGGGGAUGACCAAGCUGAGGAGUCUCAUUGUUUCGGAGUGCCACAAGCUCACAGACAAGUUUGCGAUUGUAAUCGCUGAGAGCUUGCCUCAGUUGCUGCAUCUCCAUUUGAGGUAUUGCAAGCGAUUGACAGACAUUGGUGUAAGUGCGAUCGCCCGCGGCAUGAACAUGCUGUACUCUUUGGAUUUGAGCUUUUGUUCAAGAAUCACGGCGGCGUCCAUCUGUGAACUUUUGGAUUUGAGGCGUGAGACGCUGUCAGAGCUGAGGCUGCAGGAGUGCCGACAACUGCUGAUUGCGAGGGAUCCGGACGAUGUGGAUGAUCACAACAAUAGAAGGGCACUGCGACGACAGCAGCAACAACAACAAGCCAGACAGUCAAGACCGGAUCGUGACGGCCAAUCCAUUCUCAGGUCGCUUCGAUCAUCCAAAAGCUCACUAUCAAUGCUGGAUCUUCGCUGCUGUGGUGGACAUCCCAGAAUCGAUACUGCUUAUCCUGAGAAUGAAACAUUUGUCAAGGGAAUGAUCCGACUGGGGUUCCAACAAAAGACACCUGGAUUCUUCGCCCGUCCAGCCCAGUGGAAUGCAAUCAUACUAUCCAGCGCUUUAUUAGGGCUCGUUGACCAUAGAGUUGAUAAGGCUCGCGGUGGUUGAUGGGUCCUUUAUGGGAUGGAAGGCAGCAGAGCGUUGAAGGGCCAACCUGACGUUCCAGCUGGCUGGCGGUCCAGGUAGUUUAGAUGUAGGCCCGCGAGGUUAAGUGCUUCUACUUACUCCAUUAUCUAGCUUGUCUGAAGGCCUGAAGGUAUGAAUAUUGCCUUAGCUACACCACGAAACUUGCAGCAGCAAUGCUCACCAAAGUCCAAGCUUGCUCCAUGUUCUCACCAGCGAGGCUUCCAUCCAUGUACAUGCACCUCCUUGCUUCUGAGAGGACCCGUUGCUUACCUGUAGAGUAUCAAGUGACAAUCCUAUUUUAAAUGGCCGGCUCUAGGCUACAAACUUGAACUCCUCACCAACUUAUACGGCGCAUCACUCAAGUCCCCGUUCUUGUGGCUCCUGGCCCAUCCACCCCGAGUUCUGCCUUGAGCUUGCACUGGUAACCUUGGCCUUCUGCCCUCUGGGUUCCACUUUCUAACUAAAAGAGUGCACUUCAUUAUCCCCUCCGCUGUAAUGCACAGCUCCCGGCAGCAGUGUAGAGUUAGCAGCAGCUACAUGUACUUGCUCCGGUGUUUCCCUGCCUGCAUCUGGCUACCGGUAGCUGAGCCAGUGCUACCCCGUGGUGCCGCAGCGUGGAAGAGCAACAUCGCACCGGUAGCCUAAUCCUUAAUCAUCUAAUCAAGUUUCCUAACGGGACUCGCCCCUUUUUUCCCUCCUGAAUAAAUGAUGCUUCAACGGCA